ACCCCAUGUGUCGUCAGAUUUAUGUAUCUUGGCGCAACUCGCUUGGAAGAAGCCGCAAUAGGCAGAACCAGUGAACCUAGUUCGAGAGCUACUCGGGUUCAGACUGGUGACUGGGCACAGAGGACCAAACGGCUGAUUACGGUCAAUCAGCAACCGAGUGGAACAAACACAAUUACAGUUUUCAAAGGUGUCUUACAACCUGGA